AAUGUGGUAUAAAAACUUUUCAAAACAAAGUUGGAAUCUUAGAGUUUGGAGGUACAUUUUAAUGACUAUUGUAUUAUAGAAAGGCUAACAUAUUAUUCAAUUAAGAUGACAUUGGUAUGUUCAAGACAAAGGGUGUUUUGAGAUGGAAGGAUACUGUAUUCAGAAUGGCUAGAAGUGAAGCAUGUGUAUAGAAUUAUUCAUAUGAAUGAUAGUUAAGAGGAUUCAACUUCUUCUUCUUUGCUGGAAUGAUAGGAUCAUUUAUUUGGGUUAAAUCAAACUAUUAUGAUCCAAAAUAUGUAGCACCAAAAAAAGUAGAAAGUGAGAAGGAAUUAGAGAGAUUAGAUGCAGAAGCUGAUAAAAUAUUAUUUAAGAAUAGAUUAGAGGCAUAUUCAAGACCUCAUAGAAGUUUGGAAGACUUGAUUGCCUUCUUAUCUGGGUAUUGAUAAAUAGAUAAUUUUUCAUAGUUCAAAGACCUUUGAUUAAUUUGCUGAUUUUAUCAGUUAUGAGGAAGCAAUGAAUAAUAGUAUGGAUUAAUAAAAUGGUUUGGAUUCAUGGAUGGAUGAUUAAGAUUAAAGAAUGCUUAAAUAUUAUUAAAGAAGUAUUGGACGCACUCCAAAAUUUGAUUGAUUU